CAGCCCUCCGAUUAGGUCCCUCCUGCCGCUGCCGCUGCCGCCCUCCCCCUGCUCGCACGAGCGGCCCAGGCGGGGGAAGUGAUCGCGCAGAGCGAGGCUGCAGCCGGCAGCGGGCGGACGCAGGAGCCGGCAGCCCGGCGCAGGGAGUACAUGUUACUAUGGCAAUGACUGGAGGGACUACAACAUCCUUUCCCAUGAGCAACCACACCCGGGAGAGAGUGACUGUGGCCAAACUUACACUGGAGAACUUCUACAGCAACCUAAUUUUACAGCAUGAAGAGAGAGAAACCAGGCAGAAAAAGCUAGAAGUGGCCAUGGAAGAAGAAGGCCUGGCAGAUGAAGAGAAAAAACUACGUCGGUCACAGCAUGCACGCAAAGAAACAGAAUUCCUGCGACUGAAGAGGACUAGGCUUGGCUUAGAUGACUUUGAAUCUCUGAAAGUUAUAGGAAGAGGAGCAUUUGGGGAAGUACGCCUCGUCCAGAAGAAAGAUACGGGUCAUAUUUAUGCAAUGAAGAUAUUGAGAAAAGCUGAUAUGCUGGAAAAAGAGCAGGUGGCCCAUAUCAGAGCAGAAAGAGACAUAUUGGUUGAAGCGGAUGGUGCUUGGGUGGUGAAAAUGUUUUAUAGUUUUCAGGAUAAAAGGAAUCUUUACCUGAUCAUGGAGUUCCUACCUGGAGGUGAUAUGAUGACCUUACUUAUGAAGAAAGACACUUUAACAGAAGAGGAAACACAAUUUUACAUUUCUGAAACUGUGCUGGCCAUCGAUGCCAUUCAUCAGCUGGGAUUCAUCCAUAGAGAUAUUAAACCAGAUAACCUCUUGCUGGAUGCCAAGGGUCAUGUGAAGCUAUCUGAUUUUGGACUAUGCACUGGUUUAAAGAAAGCUCAUCGAACUGAAUUCUACAGGAACCUCACACACAAUCCACCAAGUGACUUUUCAUUUCAGAAUAUGAACUCAAAGAGAAAAGCAGAAACGUGGAAGAAGAACAGACGACAGCUGGCAUACUCUACUGUUGGGACCCCAGAUUAUAUUGCUCCGGAAGUAUUCAUGCAGACUGGGUACAACAAGUUGUGUGACUGGUGGUCUUUGGGAGUGAUUAUGUAUGAAAUGCUAAUAGGGUAUCCACCUUUCUGCUCAGAAACCCCACAAGAAACUUAUAGGAAAGUUAUGAACUGGAAAGAAACAUUGGUAUUUCCUCCAGAGGUGCCCAUUUCAGAGAAAGCAAAGGACUUAAUUCUAAGAUUUUGUAUUGAUUCAGAAAAUAGAAUUGGUAGUAAUGGAGUAGAGGAAAUAAAGGAUCAUCCAUUUUUUGAAGAAGUUGACUGGGGACAUAUCAGGGAGAGGCCAGCUGCAAUCCCUAUAGAAAUCAAAAGUAUUGACGACACUUCCAAUUUCGAUGAAUUUCCUGAAUCUGAUAUUUUACAGCCAGUGCCAAAUACCACAGAACCUGACUACAAAUCCAAAGACUGGGUUUUCCUCAAUUAUACCUACAAGAGGUUUGAAGGGCUUACACAGCGUGGCUCUAUCCCUUCCUACAUGAAAGCUGGGAAGUUGUGAAACAAAACAAAACCCCACAAAAUUAAAAACAAAACAAACAAAAAAAACCUCAGGUAGCUGCAUCACCAGGCCUGCUUGGCGUAGAUAUCAAUACAGUGACUCUGGUGCGCAUCGACUUCACAAGGAAAUUCUACGGGAUUAGGAUUUCUAAGACUACUACAGGAAUUAGUUGGCAGUGCCAGCUGGCUUUUUUUUUUUUUUUUUUUUUUUUUAAUAUUUGAAUAUUUUUGUUAACUUUAUUAUACAAAGGUACUGGAAUAAAAGGAUCAUACAUCCCUUUGUAAGUGCACUGCCUAUGGGUGUAUAAAGGUUAAUUAUGCCUCUGUGUACUGUGGCUUUGUUUGUACUGUAAGCCAUCUAAUCCACCCAGGAAAAAAACAUAUCAUUUUAAAAAGCAACAUGGGCUAAUGUUGUAGCACCAUUAUUUUACUGCUGACCUGGUGGGUUUUAGAUAUAAAUAUACAGUAUAAAAACCAUCAACCAUAUUUGUAAAAGUCUGAGUGAUUGUCCACAUGCAUUCCUCUCCUGGUGUACAUGCACCCAUGCACAGAGUAAUUUAACAGUCAGCAAACAACCAGAGACAACAUUGCUCUUUUCCUCAAAGAAGCCUCUCACCUUGGUACAAAGCUCCCGAGAACACCUAAAAGGGUAGCUCCACCUGUGGAAGAAAGAUACUCCUCCUCUUGCUCAACAGUGAGAGCAUACCAACAUAGGACAGGUUCCACCCUUAACCUUAUUAAUCAACUUCUGUAGCUCCACUUCUGAAGAUCAGGGCCCAUUCCAUCAUGCCUCUGCAGCUUCUCUAAGUGGCAUUCCCUUUUUUUGAGCUAUGUAGGGCAGCUACCUGGACUCAGUCCACAUUUUCAUUCAGUACUGUUCCUUAGUAGAGAGUUCCAGAUCUGAUGUCCACUUUGGCAGAGCUGUCCUGCAACUGUUGUUUAAACAGAGUGCAAGUAGAUCUCUUGACAGUGAGGUCACGGCUUGUGAGGCACCAGAAGUGACACACAUGUGGACAAUCACGUAAACAAGGUUACUUGUCUUACAGUAACUGUGGUUCUUUGAGAUGUGUUCACAGCCUGACCACCUUCCCUGAGGGAUGGUUGGGCCCUCUCUGGCCCUUAUGCCCUCAGAACAUCCAGGACGCAGAUGCGGCCUCAACAGACGCUGCUCUUCAAAAUAAUCUAAUCUCACACUUAUUAGGUGCAUGUACCCCAGAAGUGGAAUCCCUGUGGGCCACACAUCUUGAAGAACCACAGUUAAUACAGAGAAAGUAGCCAUUCUUUAUAAAAAUU